AUGUUUAUAUACCAUCCUCAGGAAAUAUUUGGCGCCGGCGUCAGCUGUAUCGUAUCGAACAAGGUUGGUAGAAGUGACGUCGUGCUCAUGGAGUAUCUUGCGAUGCAGGGUGGCUCUGGCCCUAUUGAUGCGGGAUGCUUCGCUGAUACUUCGAACUUCGGCUGUCUCCCUCCAUUGGCCGAUGACUUCGGACUGGCGCGGCAUCGGUCUUCUACGGGUGUCCCGAAUCAGUUGGUUCUGCGGGUAGUGGCAUAUUCGCGGAUCAAGAUUCUUGACAGCCGACUACGGACGGGUUGUACUGACGCCUUAUGGUGA